AUGAGCUAAUAAAUUCAUUAAGAAUAAGGAGAAAUAUCUUCUCAACUAAAUGAAAAAGACUAGCAACACAAUGCUACCUUAUCUCACUAAAAUCCCUCAAAUACUGAAGAAAACUAGCUGAAUCAGUAAAUUAAUUAGAAAAUAGAAGUCAGCUCUCCCCCUCAUCAAAGUAACUAUCACUUAGAGUCUGCUUUGCAAAAGUAGAAUUAGGCUAAACAUAUGCAAACAAUUUAACUUAUUUGUGAAGACAGAAACAACUAAAAAAAAUGCUGUUUUCCUUCAAUUCAACUUGAAGUUUAAGACUCUUCAAAUAAAAUAAAUGUUUUUAAUCUAUUGAAUUCCUCUUUGAGUGUAAAAUCUUUCUUAAAGGGUCAUUUGAUCUUUGUAGAGUAAGAAGGAAUGGAUAUUGCUCUAGGUUUAUUCCCUUUCGAAAUGGAUAAGAGCUACGAAUUACCUCUUAACCUAAUGGGAGGUAAGCUCUCUGCUAAAAUAUAACACUUGCGCGUUUAGUCUAAUAAGAAAUCCUAAUUUAUUCACAAGAAAUCAUGCACUUCACUUCCUGAAAAAAAUUCCUUUGAAAACAACUAAAACAAGCAGUGUAGAAAGAAAGAAAGCGAGUCUUUAAUUGAUUAAGAAUAAGUACUUACUGCCUUAAACGAUGACACUAAACAGGAAUAUACUUCUUCUCAUAGGAAAAUUAGUUCUAGCUAUUCAAGCAAUAACAAUUAUUGCUCUUCAUACUCUUCUGAAAUUAAUUCCCAAUACUUACAUGAUAUUAAUGAGUUUAUAGAAGAUGAAGAAGAUGCAGAACAAGAUAAUGAUGAUGAUGACGAAUGCAUGGACGGCAUUAUUAAUUUGGGUAAGUUAAAAAGAAAUAGAAUUUCUCAUACUUCAAGCAGUGCAGAUUGUAGUCAAAGAGAGAAAAACAAUAAAUCUGAAAGCAAGCAUCUUUGCGGACAGCCUAAAAUUAUUGUUACAGAUGAUAAUUGUGAUGAAGAAGACGAAUACAAUGAAGGAUCUGCCUCCUCUUCGAGCAAAUCUUCCUUUAGCAUCAAAAAGAAAAUUCACAAGGAUAAGAUUCAAAUUAUCAAGACCGUUUCUACCUAAUAAAAAAGACAAUUAAGCUAAAAGAUAAAAGGGGAAGAACACUUAAUCCCUUCUUUUAAUGGAGAAAAUAAUGCUAAUUGCACUGCUCAAUCUUUGAGCGCUGCUGAACAACCUAAAAAGCGCCGUAGAUAAACUCUAAACAAAAGAAGUCAUGAACGUACUAUUCGCGAAGGUAUCCUGCUCGUAACUCAAUGGAGAAACAGCCAUGAAUACUACAAAAGCAAAAACUAAGUAAAGGAUUUGUAGGAAGUAGCUAAAGACAUGGGCAUUUCUAAAAAAACAUUAGAUUAUUAUUAUCUUGAAUUAAGAACUGCUGAGUUUUUCAACUUUGAUUUUGACUAGCAUCUAAACUAGAGAAUGGGUUUCUUAAGAUAAUUUAUUGAAGAUGAAACAAAAAAAUUCUAAGAUAGCAACAAGUAAGCUAAGAUUCCACGUCAACUCAACUUCAAGUACAGAUUACCCGAACAUAGAGGAAAUCCCAUAGUAUCUCCUUCUUAACUAGCUGCUUAAAAUGGCAAUAACAUUAACAUGCCAUUCAUCAAAAACUAAUAAAGUGGUCAUAUUUACCUCCCAAAUGAUAAUUUCGGUUCUUAAAAUCACUAAAUGGUGUACAGCCACUCCAAUCACUCUCACCACAAUCACCAUCACCAUUAAAAUAUGAAUACUUUCUAAAAUAAUCAACAAAACCACUUUAGCAGCCAAAUAAAAUAAAACAAUCAAUCUAUUCCUAUCAUAAAUCAAUAAUAAAAGUUAAACUAGAUUCUUCAGUAGUAACAAUAAUAACAAAUCAAUACCUAGAAUGCUAACAAUAAUAACAAUAACUAAAUUUAAUAAAUAGAUGCCAAUUCUACAUCAUCACUCUCUGUUUUUAAUCAAACAACAUAUGAUAAUUCUUUAAACUAAUCUGAUCACAAUUUCUUAAAUUCACAGCCUACAAUCUAGCACUUCUCAGCUCAAUCUUAACCUACCUAGAUUUUCCAUGGCUAUCCUUAAGAUUCUAAAAACAACACUGACAACAUAAGAAUUGACCAUACUUAAAGUUAAAUAUUAGAUUAUUAAAUCUCAAAUGGUUAAAAUUACUAAAAUUUCAAUAUUUAAACGAAUUAAAUCCAAUAAGAAGACUUUAAGCCUUUGCUUUAGUAUUCAGAGUAGUAGUAGCAUCAAUCAAUAUUAGGAGACUAGUUAAAUAAUUCUAUCUUACACACAUAAUCGAAUAACAUGAGCAGAUAUUUAUCUCAAUAGAAUCAAAUGAUUCCACUUCCUUCAGCUCAUUCAAUUUGUGAUAGCACAUCAAAUCUGACAUACUAACCCAAUCGUCUUUAAAGUUAAUAAUAAAUGCCAAAAUAAAACCCAGAUUUAUUGCAUCCUUACGAACAAAAGUAGUAAAAUGAAGGAUACAAGCUUUUCCUAGAUAAAUAAAAAUAAUUAAAAUUGCAAGAAUAAUUAGCUGAAGAGUGUGCUAUGCAACAAAUGUUUGAGUGA